AAAAUGAAAUAACAUAAUAUACACAAACAAAAAAAAAAAAAAAAAACAAAAAUAUUACGACAGUAAAUGGAAAGCAACAGUGCUUGUCUCUUAUAUUUGUGUUAAUUAAAAUAAAGUGGGUAAGAGAACGGUAACAACAAAGUGCCAACGUAUUUAUACUAAGCAGUUGCGCUUGAAUCACAAAAAAAAAAAAAAAAACAUAAAAUAAAAAAUAUAAAAAAAAGCAAGGAAGGAAAAAUAUACACAAAAGAAAUCGCAAUCAUUCCAAAAUAUUUCGUUAUAGUGUUCCUGUUUUAUUAUCAUUAUUAUUAUUAUCAUCGUCAACGACAGCGGGUGUUGAUUGCUAAUUAAAAUUGGAUGUCCAAUAAAACAAAUAUUUAAACGAAGAACAUGUCUGUGAAUAAAGCUUAUAGUGCUGAUCAAAAUGGCGAAGCACCCACAACGAGUGCCGGUACUAGCAAUGGAAGCACUACAAAUUUACCUGCACAUUUGCAAAGACAGAUCGUAGCCACCGAACAAACGCAUUUGAAAGCAAGUACUAAACAAGCGUACUUUGCUGAUGAGAAAAUUACAAUACCUCAAAACGAUAGGGUGGGUUUCAGUUGGCAUAAAUUAUGGGCUUUCACGGGACCUGGAUUUUUAAUGUCUAUCGCUUAUUUGGAUCCCGGUAAUAUAGAAUCUGAUCUACAAAGUGGUGCGAUAGCUAAAUACAAAAUUCUAUGGGUUCUGUUAUGGGCAACCAUUUUGGGUUUACUUAUGCAACGAUUGGCCGCCAGAUUGGGAGUCGUAACGGGUCUCCAUUUGGCUGAAAUGUGCUAUCGUCAGUAUAAAAAGUUACCGCGUCUUAUACUAUGGGUUAUGAUAGAAAUUGCGAUUAUCGGUUCAGAUAUGCAAGAGGUGAUCGGUACCGCAAUAGCUAUUUAUUUACUCUCAAAUAAGUUUGUACCUCUGUGGCUCGGCACUUUGAUAACAAUUGUCGAUACAUUUACGUUUUUGUUUUUAGAUAAGUACGGUCUAAGAAAACUAGAAUUUUUAUUUGGAGUCCUCAUCACAAUAAUGGCUGUGACAUUCGGUUAUGAGUAUAUAGUAUCGGCUCCUGAUCAGAUGGAAGUAAUAAAAGGUAUGUUUAUACCGUGGUGUAAAGAUUGCAAUUCCCGCGUAUUGCUACAAGCGGUUGGUGUAGUGGGAGCAGUUAUAAUGCCUCACAACUUAUACUUGCAUUCAGCAUUAGUUAAGUCACGUGAUAUUGAUCGCCGCCAAUCUGCCAAAGUACGUGAAGCCAAUUAUUAUUUUUUCAUCGAAGCAUCAGUAGCGUUGUUCGUUUCAUUUAUUAUUAAUUUAUUUGUGGUGGCAGUAUUCGCCCAUGGUAUGUACGGUCAAACUAAUAACGACGUGUUGGAAGUCUGUCAGAAUCGGUCGAUGUAUGAAGAUGCGAAAAACUCAUUUGUAGAUAAUAACAAUGGAAACGAUCUCAUCGAUGCCGAUCUCUAUAAAGGCGGUUUAUUCUUAGGUUGUACAUUCGGAGCCGCCGCCAUGUUUAUAUGGGGUAUUGGUAUUUUGGCGGCUGGUCAAAGCUCGACUAUGACCGGUACAUAUGCUGGACAAUUUUCGAUGGAAGGCUUUUUAAAUUUGCAAUGGCCUCGUUGGCGUCGUGUACUCUUCACUCGUCUAAUAGCUAUCGUGCCCACUUUCCUUUUGGCCUUCUUUAGUCGCAUGGAAGAUUUGACCAAUAUGAAUGAUAUCUUAAAUGCUGUCAUGUCCUUGCAAUUGCCGUUCGCAGCUAUACCAACGAUAGCAUUUACUUCAUGCACAGCUAUUAUGGGUGAAUUCGUUAAUGGCCUCGGCAACAAAGUUGUUUCUGUUUUGUUAACAAUGAUUGUGAUAGGGGUGAACUUAUAUUUUGUUAUUAAUCAAGUAGAAGCUUUAAACGUCACCGGUGUCAUUUUGGCAGUUGUUUGUGUAUUUGCUAUUUUAUAUUUGUUAUUUAAUUUAUAUCUUGUGAUACAUAUGGCGGCGUGCAUGGGUAAUAGAUUUUUAACAAAUAGUCAGUUGAUUCAAAAAUAUGUGCUGCCCAGUCAAAAUAGUUUCUCAAUUAAAAAUGCCAACUCAACGUAUGUAAGAAUUCCCACCAAUCCGGAUAUCGAGAACGAUAUCGACGACAGUGAAGACGCGUAGCCAUUACUGUGCAAUGCGGAAUCGGGUAUCGAUGACGAUGAUAGCGAUGACAAUAAUGUUAUAAACAAUGGUGACAUAACCGUACAAGCUAUCUCAAAUACGAUAAUUAGCUAGCAUAUGCUUACGAUUCUGCAAAUUUUAACGAAGUAUUUUUAAUAGGAACAAACGAUUUAAUAUUAAAAACAAAAAAUUGAUGAUAAUAAUGAUGAUCAAGUCUUGGCUGUGAAAUAUUUGUAUAUACAUUUUUCAUAAAUUUCGUUUUUAAUAUUAAAAAAAGUUUAAAUAAAAUCGUAAAUGUUAUAUAACGUUACCGAUGACAUAGGUAUUAUUUUCUUUUCGAAAUUAAAUCAAGUUAAUAUCAAGAAUUAAAGCCGAAUUAAAUAGACACAUAAUCACAUAGAGGUAUGGACAUCUGUGAAUGUAUUGAUUGUGACAAAAGUCCAUUGAUUUUAAAUCAUUCAUUUAAUGUUACAUUAGUAUUUAUUUUUUUACAAGCCUACACUUAUUAACUUUAUGUACUCUUUGCAACGAAAAAAAUUUAUAUUACAAGUAUUUAUUAAAAGACUUUCACGCAAACGUGAA